AUGUUGAUCAUAACCCUUCUUCACAUAAUCCACUACUCGGGGUCCAUUGCCGCCCAGAUAACCAAUGCCAUUCUCCUCUACCUAAUCAUUAAAAAAGCUGGAACACUUUUUGAAUCUUACCGUUACGUUAUGGGAACAUUCUCCGUGUACUCUUUGAUCUACGCAUGGAUUGAUGCGGCAACAUGUCCGGUUAUGUUGAUUUAUGGACCAGCUUUUGUGGUUUAUAUGGAUGGACUGUUUAAACUCUCCUCCCCCUAUCCUAAAAUCUUUCAGACCAGAAAUGAUGAACAGUCUGAACGGAUGGAAAUUGAAAAAGUGAUGUUUUUCGGGCCGAUGUAUUGGGGAAUCGGAGAAAAUGGAGAGAAGAAAUGGAACAUUGAGGAUUUGUUAUCAGCUGUUGGGUGUUUUAGUAUUAUUACGCUCCUCCCUAUUGUCAUGAUGUAUAGUCCAGUUGGCCUUAUAAUAACGUUCCCGUUUUUCGAAGUGCCAGUGGGUCGAGCUGCCAACUUUGUCGGAGCGAGUUUAUCUAUUUACCCAUGUCUGGAACCUUUGAUUGCAAUGAUUUGUAUCAAGGAUUUCAGGAUGGUCAUUUUUGGGUGA